CAGCUAUCGAGUCGUCUUAGCUGCAGUAUUUCCCUGCUGGGCAUCCUGUGAAAAUUAUGCCGGCGCCAUAUCGAAAGGCAUGCGUUCAUUGCGUCAAGUCUAAAAGGCGGUGUGAUCAGGCUACUCCCUGUUACCGCUGCAAAGUUCGAUCUUUGGAAUGCCAUUAUCAAAAUGCACCUCUCUCUUCGCAAUCAAAACAAAGGACGGAUCUGAUGUCCGAAGAUCUUCAAGGAUAUACUCCAGUCACUGUUGAUGUAAAUGAGUUAUUUGCGGACAGUAGCAAUCUGGACCAGAUGAUGAAUGAUGUUAAUACCAGCCUCGAUAACCCUCAGGUAGAACUCUCACUCCCACCAUUUCCCGAUCCAGACCUCGAUUGGUCAGAUGUGAUGGGGCAUUUAGAGAGUUUCUCAGUUCCUGACCAUAUAACAAUCAAUGAUUCACCAACAAGAAGUGUGCUUGCAGGCGAGAUAUACCAGGAGCGGAUUGUAUUCUCAAUCAAGAGGAUGAAGUCAUACCCAGGUCUUUUUGUUCGUCAGUGUCAGACGCCCUUCAUAAACAAACGAUUGUAUACAGAAAAUCUUCCAGAUGCCAUACAGGAUGUACUUGGUAUCUGUUCCCUCUACAAUCAGAAGAAUGAGAGUAACCAGAAUCUCAUAUUUCGAACGAUUAGCUACAAGGUGAAAAACCUGAUUGAUAAUUACACGCCAGUCGGAAUGUCUGCGAUACAACAUCUUGCUUCCAUUCAAGCUUUGAUUCUCUACCAGAUAAUUCGACUUUUUGACGGCGACAUUCGCCAACGGGCCGAUGCAGAAAGAGAUGACUUGACACUCAGAGAUUGGACUAAACAGCUAAAACACCGUACUCAGCGCAUUGACACCGUGUCAAGGUAUAUCGUGAGCUCCACAGUGGCCGUAACAGUCGAUUCAUGGGAGACUUGGAUAUUUGCAGAAAGCCUGCGGAGGACUGUCAUAUGUAGUUAUGCAUUGCAAGGGCUUUACUGUUUUCUCAAGAACGGGUGGGAUGAUUCUCACCACGAGUUCCAGGAUCUAUCGUUCUAUGCGCAGAAGGCGCUCUGGGAGGCACCAUCAAUGUAUUACUGGAAAUCUGCCUUGGAGGAGAAGUCCCCGCUUCCCGUUCAUUUUUGCAACUGGGAUUCGGAUAUUACCGACGCGAAGCCGUCAGAUAUCGAGGACUUAGGAAUGAUGAUGAUGGUUCUGAUGAAAGGAGUAGAUCAUUGUUCUGAGUGGGCUGGUAGUCAGAAUCUUGAAAAGUUUGGCCUCGCAUCCACAUGAUAUCACGAACAUAUCAAUGGUUUAAAUGAAGUAUUCCAAUCGAACAGCACACUCGCGCCAGUUCAGUCAGGAGACAUUUUCCGUCCGGGCUUACCACAGUCACCAGAGUCACACUACUUUGCCUUUUCGAAGAGAAGGACAGAGGAUCUGGCAUUUGUAUAUCUCAAAGGAAACAGACUCCUUCCAGGCAUAUUGAUGCGCAAUGCGUUAUGCAUAUAAUCUAACUUGUUCUAGAAAAACCCAUCUACUGCACGAGUUAAAUAGUGUGAAGAUGGCCCAAUUUAGAAGUCAGGAUUCAAUAAAUCAAUAUGGAUUCCCCUAUCUAGGAAGCUUGACACGAGAAUACUAAGACAGAUAGGGGAGGGAGAAAAAACUAGAAAAUAAUUGUGUGCGAUGAUGUAUGUUAGAGAUGGGAAUUUUCAAGCUUAGCGUAAAUUGAAAUGUCAUUUCUAAACUUCAGUGUUUA